AUUCACUAUGUAAAAUGCAGCUAUGAUCAAAUAUUUUUCAUAUGUUAAAUGUAAUUAAACACCUACUGACUAUAGUAAUUAAGUUUAGUAUUUUUUGAAUACACUCCAGUAAAUAUGUCAGUAGCAAAUAAUCCACUCUCCUUUUUUGCGUUUUUUUCCAACCUUCAUUUUUGUGUGCGUGUAUUUAUUACUCUGGUUGAGUGUGUGAGCUGGCGACCGGCUGUCAGUGUGUCGCUAAGCGCUGGUUGGUCAAGCGCGACUCUUCCUGUCUUUUCGUGAGGAGCUCUCAACAAACCUCUGUUUCAUGUAUAGUACUGGCGCGUCGCUAGGCACUCAAAGUAUUUCUGAUUUUUGUAUUGUCUUUCUUUUUUUUGACUGCAUGUGUGCGGGAAUGCUCCCGAGCGCACUUGAUCAGGGGUUGUUGUUGGGCGUUUUUUUUUUUUUUUUUUUUUUUUUUUUUUUUUGUUUUCGAGGAUGUGGCGAUGAUGAGGCUCUUCCUCUGAAGUUGAACUGAUGACGAAGUGAAAAUGGCGGAUCUUUCGAAAUCCAAUCCCGGCCCCUGAAAUAGAAGCACGACUGUGGCUCCGAUUUUCGAGCCUCCCGCUCAGCCAAUUUCCAUCAUAGGCGCAGUCUUGAGCGAAGGCCGACCGGGUGAUUGCCGAGUUCGGCGCUUUGCCCCCACCCUACGUAAUUUUUGAGAAAUGUUGAAAGCUACUGUACGUCCCGGUAGCGGCUGAGCUGGGAAAGCAGCUGCUGGCUUUGGUGGACUGGGAAAGUGGCUGACACUUGAGGAGCAAGUGACAGUGAACAAAAAUGGAGGUGGUGCCAGCAGAAGUAAAUAGCCUUCUUCCUGAAGAGAUCAUGGAUACUGAGGCCAUUGUGCUAGUUGAAGAUGAUCAGGUGGAUGCUGCCAUUACUGUGCGUGACUCGCAGCUUGUUGAUGAGAUCCCAAUGGAAACAGAGCUACCAGAAAUAGUUACCAUUAGUUCUGCUGUGUCUCAGAAGAACUUGGCCAUAAGCAACAAUUCAUCUGAUGCAGUCUUGGUGAGCAGUCCUACAACUGUCAGUGGGAGUUCACUUUUAUUGUCUAACGCAAACACUACACAUAUGACUAGGAUUAAAUCACCUGUUAGUAAACCUAUUGCUAUUCAAACAAGUGGAAGUGUGGGGCUACAGAAGGUCAGCAGUCCUGUGGUUGUUACUUCAGCCAGCCAGCUCAUUCUGAAUAAGAUGUCACACUCUACAUCAGAUCUUAAAUCCAGCACUGCCCAGGUGAUCAAACAAGAAGGCCAAAAACUGAUUGUGCUGACUCUGCCAGGUACCAGUCAACUCACUCAAUCGCCAAAAGGUGCUCAAAUCCAAGGUGCUACAGUGGACUCAAAGGUACAGCCCCAGCAGUACAAAGUUGUAACAAUUGGGGGCAGGACAGAUAUUAAACCUGUGAUAGGAGUACAGGCAGUAAACCCUGGAAAUCAGCUGAUCAGCACACAGCAUUCAGGACUACAGUCUCAAUCAUUAAAAACAUUACAGCAGUGGAACAUCGGAGAUGGAGUGAAGAUUGCAAAGAAAACACCAACAUCAUCUACAGGACCAAUGAUUACAAAGUUUAUUAUUACAAAGCCAUUCAAUAGCAAAGCAGUCUCCAGCCAAGCAUCGGUAUCACCGGUAAUAGCAGGCAGAGUGCUGUCCCAGAAUUCUCCUGGUACUCCACCCAGAAGCAUUGCCAUCUCAGAAAGUGUGGUGGGAACAGCUCUUUGUUCAACACCACAAAGCAUUUCCAGUAGCAAAAUUGCCAUUUCACCACUCAAGUCACCAAGCAAGCAAUUGACAGUUGUAUCUAUGGCAUCCCAGUCACCAAGCUCUCCUCAGAAGUCUGUUGGUGUCCCAUUGAAUGUGGCUUUGGGACAGCAGAUCCUCACAGUGCAACCUUCAACACCUUCUUCCCCAGUAAAGCCUAUUUCCAAUAACUCCAAAGCUCAGGCAGUGAAACCAGUGCAGACUGUGGCAGUGGGAGGAGUGGGAGUGAGCACCCCUCAGUUUAAAACCAUUAUUCCAUUGACAACCCCACCAAAUGUGCAACAGAUCCAAGUGCCUGGUAGUAAAUUCCACUAUGUGCGCCUUGUCACUGCCUCCACAGGAAGUAGUUCCCCUCAGACUGCUGGGUCUAGCACAAAUUCACUUUCUCUCCAGCAAGCUAAACCAGUAGUGGUGAAUACAACACCUGUACGGAUGUCAGUUCCAAUAGUUCCAGCACAGACUGUAAAGCAGGUUGUUCCCAAACCAUUAAAUACAACUUCUCAAAUCGUCACCACAAGCCACUCGCAGCAAAGACUGAUAAUGCCAGCUACUCCUUUGCCACAGAUUCAGCCCAAUCUCACUACUGUGUUGGCGCCUGCCCCUGGUGCAGGAAAUGUUGGGUAUGCUGUUCUUCCCGCUCAGUAUGUUACACAGCUUCAGCAGUCUACCUUUGUUUCUUUAGCAAGUAACACUGCAGCCUCCUCUGGAAUCCAGUCUCAGUCUCGAUUACCACUCAAUGGAAUAUCACCCUCCUCCUCUUCAGAUUCUGCAUCACGACCCAGGAAGCCGUGCAACUGUACAAAAUCCCAGUGUCUUAAGUUAUAUUGUGAUUGCUUUGCGAAUGGAGAAUUCUGUAACAACUGCAACUGUACAAAUUGUUUUAAUAAUCUGGAGCAUGAAACUGAGCGACUGAAAGCUAUAAAGGCUUGCCUGGAUCGGAAUCCUGAAGCUUUCAAGCCGAAGAUUGGAAAAGGAAAAGAAGGUGAAUCGGACCGCAGGCACAGUAAAGGCUGUAACUGCAAGCGGUCAGGUUGUCUUAAGAAUUAUUGCGAGUGCUAUGAGGCAAAAAUCAUGUGUUCUUCAAUAUGUAAAUGCAUUGGUUGUAAAAAUUUUGAGGAAAGUCCAGAAAGAAAGACUUUAAUGCACUUGGCAGAUGCAGCUGAAGUACGUGUUCAGCAACAAACGGCAGCCAAAACAAAACUUUCCUCUCAGAUCUCUGACCUGUUAACAAGAACGCCAGCUGUCACAAGUGGGAGUGGAAGGUUGCCCUACACAUUUGUCACCAAAGAAGUAGCUGAAGCCACUUGUGAAUGUUUAUUGGAACAGGCAGAGGAAGCAGAGAGGGCGAAUGUUUCCCAAGCUUUGGCAGAAAGAAUGAUUCUAGAGGAGUUUGGAAGAUGCCUCAGGAGAAUUAUAAACUCUGCGGGAAAGGCAAAAUCAGAUUCCUGUUCUGUUAAUUGCUAGAUGAUAUUUGAACAUUUCUGUCUAUGUCCACUUGAAAAACUACAAUAUGUUCAUUUACAAACAGAAGAAAAGACUUAAUUGGAUAAAAUAUGCUUCAUGUAAGGACACAAGUGAACAGCUGUUUUGAACAGCACUACUGAAGUGCACUUGAAAAGAAAAGUGAUUAAUUUGUGUGACACAUCUUUUAGUGACCUCUUUUUGUGUGUGUGUGUAUAUAUAUAUCUAUGUGUGUGUAUGUAUGUGUGUGUGUGUGUGUGUGUAUAUAU